AUGGCUGCCAAAACGUUCGUUACCAGCCUAGCCAUGCUUGGCUUGGCAUCUGCGCAGUCGUCCGUCAUAUCAGUCUUUAUUCCCGACACGGAUCCUCAGCCCUUGGUGGCUUCUAUUAUCGGCAAUGAUGCCGCUGCCACGACGUAUUAUCUCACUUGUCCUGUUGGGACAGACGGUUCGGAUUGCGGCAUGGGACCGGGAAUGACGCUCAUUUCGGGCCCGAAGACAGCGGCGUGGAUGUUAAAGGAGCCAGAGGAGGACUUGUUACUGACACUGUCGACUGUCACCAGCUAUGGAGGUGUUUUCUGCUCCAUGGGCGGAACUACCUCUGCUAUCUGCACAAGUUCUAUGAGUGGAACGGGCGCCAACUUUCCGGGCGUCAGCACUGAGACUUUGGCUGCGUCUGAUAUCCACCUCCUUCCUGUCACUGUUACAGCGGGUUCUACCACCCCGGUUUCUGCAUCUGCAUCUGCUACUGGAGCGGCAUCCGCCAGCACUGCGGCAUCAGUGGCGCCUACAGUGGCUAGCCAGGCUUCGAGUCCUCAAGCAAGUGCUUCGAGAACUUCGGGUGGAUCUUCCGCUACGUCAACGAAGGCAUCCGGCACAGCUGACUCGACGACCAGUACUGGCGCUGCUGUGCCUCUGAUGAGCGCCAAUGCUAAGGUUAUGGUGGGACUCGCUGUUGUUGGAGCGGGAGUUGUUGCUGUCAUGUAA